UAGGGGAGCUUCCUGGCGCUGGCGGAUGAUCCCCCGUGUGCUGUGCGGCCGCGCUGACAGUGCUGCAUGUAAAAUUAGCUGGCUGCAGCCUUUCAGGGACACCUCUUGCGGACCGCCGGAGCCCUCAGUGCAAUAAACAUGGCAGCAGAGCUUUCCACUUCCAUAAACAUCAAGGAGCCCCGGUGGGACCAGAGCACAUUCGUAGGUCGGGCUAAACAUUUCUUCACCGUCACAGACCCCAGGAACAUCCUCCUCACCAACGACCAGCUAGAUCAUGCACACAAAAUCAUCACCGACUACAGACAAGGCGUAGUCUCUCCUGGACUGACGGAGGAUGAACUUUGGAAAGCCAAGUAUAUCUUUGACUCUGCUUUCCAUCCCGACACCGGUGAGAAGAUGAUCCUGAUUGGCCGCAUGUCAGCGCAGGUCCCGAUGAACAUGACGAUCACUGGAUGCAUGAUGUCGUUUUACAAGACGACUCCAGCCGUGUUGUUCUGGCAGUGGAUCAAUCAGUCUUUCAAUGCAAUAGUCAACUACACCAACAGGAGUGGCGAUGCUCCAAUUACAGUCAGUCAGCUUGGCACAGCUUAUGUGUCUGCCACCACAGGGGCAGUUGCCACCGCUCUAGGACUAAAUGCACUAACAAAGCACAUCUCCCCCCUGAUUGGACGGUUUGUUCCUUUUGCCGCUGUGGCUGCUGCUAACUGUAUCAACAUCCCGCUGAUGAGACAAAGAGAACUUCAGCACGGCAUUCCCAUAACAGACGAGAAUGACAACCGGUUAGGAGAGUCGACGAAAGCUGCAGAGCAGGCCAUCUUUCAGGUCGUCGUCUCCAGAAUCCUCAUGGCUUCUCCAGGAAUGGCCAUCCCCCCAUUUUUAAUGAACCAUUUGGAGAAGAAGGCCUUUCUGAAGAAGUUCCCAUGGAUGAGUGCACCUAUUCAAGUCGGCCUGGUGGGAUUCUGCCUGGUGUUUGCCACGCCACUGUGCUGCGCAUUGUUCCCUCAGAAGAGCUCUAGGUCAGUCAGCCGCUUGGAGCCGGAGCUGCAGGAGAAAAUCCGGGCCAACCACCCCGGAGUGGAGAGGGUCUACUUCAACAAAGGGCUAUGAGCGUGCAGCCCCCUCAUCCAAACACUGCCAUAGCACAGCUGCAGGCUCAGUCCUCGCCUCUCUGCCAGCCCUCCUCAUUCAGUGUGCCAAAGUUAAGUUUGUGUCUCCUCAUAUCAACCAUUGAAGAUGGAUAUCAGAGGACUCCCUGUCUCAGUCAGUAUCAUUGUAACGAGAUGUUUGCUUUUGUCAAUGUGAUUGUUGAUUUUUAACGAAACUGCUAGACAAGAUUAUCUCUGACUGGGCCGGAUGAAGAGUACGAUGUUCAUCGUGACUAAUACUGUAUAUUGGCCAGUGUAAGGAUGUUUUAAGUGGACGUUUUAUUUCUGUGCAGUAUUUUCAUUUUUAAUUUUUUUUUUUUAAGUUGGUGACUGUCGAUCAUAUGUCACCACUGAACUGUUUCCACACUACCAAGGAGGUUGGCAGUCAUUGUAUUCCUUACCUGCGUUAUAUUUGAUUCCAAUAAGAUUUUCACAUUGACCUCUGCAGUGCAUUUGCCAAAUCUUUACUCAGAUCUCUUUAGACCUGAUCAACGGUUACGACCUCUUCGAUUCACUUUUAACUCACUUUAAUUCUGUUCAUUUUGCCAAAUGUGACAUUCAGCAAAGCCUGCUGACAUCUAAUCACUGAUCAGAAAAUGAUUCUCCAGGGAUCCACCCUAUAAAAUGUGAUGCUAUGAUGGUGGCAACCAUUGACGGGCCAACACGGUGCUAUUUGAUGUCUUACUAACCGGCGUUUAUCAUACUAUUUAUUCUGCUUGCCAAACACGCGCGAACAAACCACUCCUCAUACACGCAUUACGGGAUUCAUCACAUAUUUCACAGAAAAUACACACCAUGGCUACACUCAGGAGAGCAGAAUGGUGGAGAGAAAGUAAUAACUUUACACUGGUUGUCAAUUUCUUAAUCCGUGAUUUACGGUAAUUAAUCCAGGAUUUUGUGAUCUCCACCAAAAUUCACCAAGUCAUUCAUGCCUUACACAGACAUCUCUCCUCUGUACCCUAAUACAGCAUCCUGAGACGUUCCACACAAAGUGACAUAUUUUAGAUUUAAAUGUUUAUCUGUUUUAUCUCCUUGUUUUUGAGAUUUUAUAGUAGAUGUUUUAUUUAUUUAUAUAUAUAUAUAUAUAUAUAUAUAUAUAUAUAUAUAUAUAUAUAUAUAUAUAUAUAUAUAUAUAUAUAUAUAUAUAUAUAUAUAUAUAUUAGAAAUAGGUGUCUGUAUUGGGAAAAAAAUGCCAAAAACAUUCUCAAGAUAGUAUUUUCAAGGCAAGGGUGACAUUCAGAUGGAUCCAUCAGACCAAUAAGUGUUUAAAAUUUGACAUUAUGAACAUUGUCUGUGGACUAGCUAACAACUACACGUCAGUUCAUUGGAGCACCACACAUAAUUACUUUGAGUUUAAGGACAGUUCUCUGUGAAAGUCUUGGAUCUUUAUUAACCCUCUGCUGAGUGUUUUAAUAUAUUUUAUGACCAAUAUACACACCUAAGUUUUUAGUUGCGGUUUCAUUAGUACACACUAUCACAGAGCUCUUUCCUGAGCUGAUAAAGCAGGUGCACUCUGAUGUCGCAACUUUUCGAUCUGCUCCUGUCCUGCAGCAGUCAGUAUUCAGAUGAUAAUGCCCAUCUGGUGUGUUUGGACACGGUCGGUGUAAACUGUGUUGUGUGUGCCCGACACCAGGUGGCAUCCAUCCAGAGGGCGGCCAUGUUGUUGUGCGAGUUGAUGGCAUCCGUGCGCCGCAUUUACAGAGACUGUAUUUGACUGUGUGAUGCCCACUAUGGCAUUAGGGAGACUGUGCAGCAAAAUGUCAGAUUUUUCCGAGUCAGAAACGACAAGAGUGAAAAAGAUUUACUCGCAAGUUGUAUUUGGCAAAUGUAAACUUAAAAGAAAAAGGGUUUUUUAAGGGCCAGUGUGUGCUCAAUCAUGUUUACAUUCUAAAUUUAAAUACAUCGUUAAUGCUUGUGAAACUUGAUUUGAUUUGAUUGCAUCUUUUUGCUCACCAUGGUGUCAUUUCUGUAUGGUGUUUUAAUGUUUAAUAUACUGUAAAUCUACUUACAUAUAUUGCUGUAUAGGUAACUUUAUUUUAGAUCGUCUGUGUUUACGGAGAGAUUUGUUGGAGUUGGAACCGUUCCCUAGCAGGUCUGAAGUGAAGUUUGUUCUUCUAGUGUCCGAGGUAACUGAAUGUAGCAUUUCCCACUUGCAGCUGUUUGCGGUAUGUUAGUCCAGAAAAGCACAAUGUUGUAUUCAAAUUCUGCACAGUUUUUGUUUUUUUGAACUUGUCAAACCGUUCAGUUUCCUGUUCAUAAUGCUUUUCAGUGAGGGAGUGAGAAAAGAUGAGAAGUACUAAACUUGCCCUUUGGUAGACAUUAUCUGUGAUUAUAUUUCCCUGAACCUCUGACUGUAUCUAACAACUAACAAAUGAAAUCAACUCCCCAAUAAAUAAGUUCACAAGCUUCAAAUCUACCAAAUCCAAUGUCACUGCAGCCAAAGCGAUACAAAUCAACUCAAGAGGAAUAAGUCAUUUAAUGUUUGCAUUAAUUACAAUGAAUAUUUUAUAAAAAAAAAAAAGAAAAGAAUACUAUGGGCAAAAAUUGUAUUUGAUUGUUUUGCAGUACACUGGGGUGAUGUGAUGUUUAGACUAACUGGAUGAAAUAAAGUUGAUGAAAUCUUG